AUGUAUUUUUCAGAUAUCCACAAGCCAGCAUGUAAAGUAUCUGGUGCCAAAUUUCUCACGGAUGCUGGUUGGUCAGAACUAAGGAACCCAAUGGACACAGAUGUCCCUUUUAAUUUAUUUACCGAUGAAGGAAGAACAUUUCUACAAUGGACUGGAGAACCAGAUCUACGAACCAAAAUGUCUGGCCGUAUGGUCAUGGUACUGCUCAUGUGUAGAGAACUGGAAGAAGAAUUAUUAGCAGAUCAAACCCAAGAAUUUUUUUCUCCAUGUGUGUCAUUCCGGAUAGUUGGAACACCAUCAAAAAUUCAGACAAAUGUAACAGAGGUAGCUUUUUCCUUAGAAGCCCACUCGUCAGAGACCUCUGAAGGUGAUAGAUUAAGCGUUUCAGAAUACAUAGCUAUUGGAAUAUGUUCUGUGCUUCUGGGAUUAAUUUAUGUGGCAUCUAUAUUUCUUUAUUUGCAUCUGAGGAAACGCAAUUCAGCUAGAGCUUUAGAAAAAGGGAGAGACAACAACAGCAUUGCCGCAGUAGAAGAAGGCAUAAUCAAAAAUAACCCCCUAUUAUCACUAACCCAUCAUUUUGGACCUUCAGAAUCUGCCUAUAGUGACACUAACAGUUCCGACACUGAGAUUGCACCAGAUUUAAUCCAAAAUCAUGAUACCCACAUUACUUCAGCAAUGAUUCACUCUCAACAAAGCAGAAGAUGUAGAUCUUCCUCGCCAUACCAUGGUUACUCUUCUUCAGAUUCCUACCAAGAGAACUCCAGCUUUGAAAAACUUCCAGAAGAAAAUGUUUCUAUUGUAGAAACUCUGGAUGAUCGUCCUGAAAGCUUACGAGCUUUGAAUGGCACUAUUAGAAAAAAGUUGUAUUUUAAUCCUGCAUAUUUUGAACCACAUUUACUUGCGGUAAGUUUCAGCAAAAUGUUAUUGAACAUAAUUAUUUUACAAUAUUCAGACUUUAUCAGAAACAGAAAAUCAUUUACAGCCCUAGAAUUCCUAGCCAAAAUCCGAGAGGUUAUAGCUGUGGCCAAGCAAAAAUUAACUACAAAAAGAUAUGUUCCUACUCUAUUGAAUAUUCCAGAAGAAGAAAUAAAUCAUAUAGACAGACAGUUUGAUCUUGCAAGGCCGCUGAGCAGAAGAAGUAGUUUAAUAAGUUUAAAAAGGGAAAAUAGCAGAAGGAAAUCUUGUACUGGAUGUCCUGGAUGUGAGCCACAAGAUUUCAAAAAUGCACGAGGCAAGCUGGCAGAGUUUCCUGUAUUAGGAGGAUGUCAAAAUUGUUCCACUUCUAAUGAAAGUAAACAGCGCAGCAUCCGUAAAUGGCUAGAAGACAUUCCCAUUUUGCGUGUAGACGAACAAUCUGGUCCCGUGUCCCUCAAUUCCAUCCGGAGUCCUAAGAGGAUACGCUCUCCAACCAGGUCUUUGCCUCCAGAAAAUAAUCCCUCUAACAGAGCCCUAUCUCCAAAACCUGCUUCUGAACAGGGUAAUUUGAAAAGAAACAAAACUAGCCGUAGUCAGAUUUGUAAACCUAAGUUGCCUCCUCCGCCAGCUCCAGUGCAGCUGCAACAAAAAAUGAUUGAGGAAGGUUAUUAUGAUAUGGUGCCUUUGGAGGCUAAAAUGAAUUAUCCACCUCCGGAUAUGAUCCAACAGGCGAUGGAAAUGGAAAAUCAAACAGAAGUUGUACCAAGGAUACCAACCCUCACCAAAAAGCAAAUGAACGCUGUGAUCAAUGAAUUGACAGUGCAUAAAAAUAUGCUGGAAGCUGCCAAUAGAGAGCUGGCUAAACGAGCCAGUGGUGGAUAUGAUACGGAUAGCUUAGAGAAAAAUAAGACAAAAGGUUAUUGUACUCCAGUAGAAUACGUAGAAGUUUCCUCAUCUCAAGCUAGUCCCAGUUUAAGUACAGCGUUGCCAGUUGACGAAGAAAUUACUAUGCAAAAUGCAAUUUUUAACAAACAAACAGGUAGCAUGACUUUAUCAAAACUUAACGUCGAUGACGAUGAACACGAUUAUGAAUUGGUAGUGUUGAAAAAUGGUUGCUUGGUUAACAAAGAUAACCUUUAUAAAUUCCCUCCUGAAUUGUUAAAAAGCAAUCCCCAAGGUGGUUAUAGCCUGGUGAGUGAAGUUUAUGUUAAUAAUGGUUAUAAUUAUGGGAGUAAUCCAUCGUCACCGUCAGAAUCAAAUUGUUCCACGUUGGAGAAACGAACAUUGAAAGUUAGAUAUGAUGGUGGAGCUGAUAAACCUGGAAAAUUAUUGAUAGAAGUUGAUGAUUGCUUGGAUCAUUACAUUCCUGUGAAUGAUUCGGAUGAAUUCGAACCUGACACUCUGGAUCGGCCGAAUAAAAAUGCAAAAUUAACAGUUGCUAAAAAUAACGAGCAUAACGAACAAAUAUUGUUACGCAGCAAGGGAAGUUUUAAAAGUCAAAUAUUAGACAUUAAUGCUAAUGAUAGUGAGCUAAGCAACUUCAAUAGAGUUUUCGGAAGUUUACGAGAAAUGUACGAAGAAAAACGGAAACAAGCUAAAGAAAAAGAACAUUUCAGUUUGGAAUCUACUGAUAUUGACGACGCAGGCAAAUUGCUGACUUUGGAAGAUAGACAUUCAAAGAGGCAGAGAAUAAAGACGACAUCUUCUGGAACAGUUAUUCCUCCGGAUUUGAUACCGCCGCCUCCACUUGAUAGUUCACCAAUUUAUGAAAGGCCGAAACCUCCAAGGAAGGUGAUAAAUUUGGCUCAUCAUCCAAAAAACGAGAAUAACGGGAGUGUCGAUAAAAAUUCGGAGCAAAUUGUCACUCCUGAGAACGAAUACAAAUUGUGCCUUUUACAAAAAUCGAAAACCAACGGCUUGGUAACUGAUUUAAUUCAAACUGAAGAUUUAAUAUUGAAGAAAAACAUCAACGAUCAAUUUGUUUUCCAUUCAACCGUAAGUCACAACAAUAACUUCCCAUUGCCAAUAAAGUCUUUAUAUGGAAAAGAUUCUCCUAAAGUUUAUUUCCGUAAUAAAAACAACGGCAUUGCUAGAAAAACUUGGCAUAGACCUGAAGAUUCUGGAUAUCUAAGCACAGACUCCAACGAAUCCAAAAUGAAAACUUUAGAACGAAAUGGCAGUGAAACGGACGAAAGUUUGGGCGAUGGCCAUAGUGAAUCUGGAGCAGAAAGUGUGGAAACUCAUUCAGUUUUUUUUGGCCGAUUCCAUAGAAAUCCAACAAUGAUACACUCAUCGUCUAUGGACAGCGGAGUCAUGAAUUGUGAAGAUGUACAAUAUUCAAGCAGUGACUCGGAAACUGUAAGUUAUACUACUGUAGUUCCAGUGGUUCCAAGCAAAAAUAAUACGAUGGCAAUGAGAUAA